AUGGGACGACCCAAGACGAUACCACUUGAAGGCUGUACAUUUGAUGAUGAUUUACAGGUGGACUUGGAUUUUUCGAUUCCCUUCCUUUCUAUACCAGUGAAGCCUACUGUGGAUAACGUUUUCGGAUCUAUUGGCAUACCGACAGUGAACAUUAACCUACCAGCUCUCGUGCUAGGGGGUGGAGUGGUCAUCGCCUCAACUUUCCUACUCCCACUCUUGUUCAAGAGCUACGCGCACCAUCCACCAUACGACAGAUACGCUAAGAUAUUGGAGCACACUCAAUUCGGGGCCGACGGUGUACUGGAGUUCGCUAGUAGCGUGCUGGGUGGCGGCGUGCAAGGUUGCGCGCUCCGGGUUGCCUGCUGGUCCGGCCAACGCGACCACGAAGACGGGGCCAAGUUCUGGACUGGAGUUAUGAGUAACCAACUGGUGUCCACCCUGGUAAACUCUACGGCGGUGGAAGACGCCAUCGCAUCAGGCCGGCGCGGCCGGGACUGCUCUGUGUACGCCCCCUGCCCGCUCACGGCAGAACACUACCCCGUGCUUAUGAAGAAUUUGAUGCAACUGUCUAAUAAUACUAGUUAAAUUAUAGGCUGAGGCUCCAUUUACAUG